UUCACUGCAGCGCUUACUUUGUCCUUCGCUCCAGCGAUGUGUCCCCUGCAGCGUCCCUGGCCAUCUCCUCCGGCCGAUGUCGGCAUCCGUGUUCUGGUCCCUGUGACGGCGGCUAAUUUGAAAGUUUUAAAAAAUUUCAUUUUUUUUAAAAACGAUUAUUACAUACAUUUCACAUACAUUUUGUCCCUACUGCUUUGUCCUGUGCCCUGCCUGCAUUUUUACUGUUCUUUAUGCCUGGAAACUUAGAGAAGUCCAUGGCGUCCAAAAAGUGUCCCUUUAUGUCAAAAGCGGUUUUAGACCAGCUAGAGAACAGCGAUAGUAAAUCAGAACCACUUGCAGAACUGA